AUGUCGAAUGAUGAUGAUGAUGACGACGAUCAUGUUGCUUGUCCAUUUCAAUGUUUAUCUCAAGAAGCUCGAGAACUUUAUUUAGAAAGUCAUAUUUCACGUAUUCCUGUUCCAUCACCACUUGUGUUCUAUCGAGAUUAUGUUAGUCGAAAUAGACCCGUUAUUAUUCAAGGAGCACUUGAUCAAUGGUCCGCUUUAUCUAAAUGGAAUACUCUUAAUUAUUUUCGUGAUCAACUUGGUGAUACACCAGUAACAAUUGAUAUAACUCCUGAUGGUUAUGGAGAUUGUGUUAAACUACAUAAAUAUUUUGUUACACCAGUAGAAGAAAAAAUGCCGUUUAAUCAUUUUAUGGAUAUUAUUGAAGGAAAAAAAUCAUUCGACGGUAUUGUUUAUUGUCAACAUCAAAAUAGUUCGUUUACAACUGAGUUUCAACAAUUAAAUAAUGAUAUACAUGAACUUGGUUGGGUUCGAGAAGCAUUCGGACAAGCACCGGAUGCAGUUAAUCUUUGGAUUGGUACGUCAAAAUCUAUCUCAACUCUUCAUCAUGAUCCCUAUGAAAAUCUUUAUGGUGUGAUACGUGGUCGUAAACAUUUUACACUCUAUCCACCAACAGACUUUUAUUGGCUGAAUCAAAAGUUCUAUAAAAAAGCUCAUUACGAACGGUAUAAUUCCACACAGAAAAUUAUCGAUGACGAUGGUAUAAAUUUAAAAGUGGAUGAAAAUUUUAUUAUUGUACCCGAUGACGCCGAAGUUCCAUGGUUUGAUCAUACUGAGAAUGAUCUUCAGGAACAAACAUAUUUAAAUCCAUUGAAGAUUACUGUUGAGCCGAAUGAACUUUUAUAUUUACCAUCAUUAUGGUUUCACAGUGUCGAACAAGAUUCACCAAUCACAAUAGCUUGUAAUUUUUGGUAUGAUAUGGAAUAUGAUAUUAAAUGGAAUUAUUAUCAAUUUAUGUCAAAUAUUAUAAAACAACAACGAAAAUCUGAAAAAAAGCGGACAUAA